AUGGCCGAGCAGCAGAAGCCCAUCACUGAGCGCAUCUCGGACACCAUGGCUGCGGCAGGCCAGAAGGCCGGCGAGGCGUGGGAGGGCGCCAAGGACAAGGCGGCGCAGAUGGCGGGCGGCGCGCAGGAGACGGGCGCGCAGGCCGGCGAGCAGGGCGGCUCUGUGAUGGAGCAGGCCAAGGGCAAGGCCACCGAGAUGCAGCACCGUGCGGGUGAGGGCAUCGACCAGGCCAAGCACAGCACCCAGGAGACCAUGAAGGAGGCCAAGCACAGGGCCGAUGAGGCGGCCAGGCCUGGCGCCAACCCCACCCGCUGA